ACUUUCCCACCAUUUCAUAUUCAAAUCAUUGACCAUUUACUCCAUUAGACAUAGACCCUAAAAGUAGCCUUCCCAACGGCUCGAGGCGCAAUAGUAGCACUUUUCUUUUGGUUUGACUCUCUCUCCUCCCACCAUCUAAUCCCCUUUGAACCCCCCCUCCCCUUUCUAGCCGUUAGAACUACAAAAAUUCCCUCUUUCUAGUCUCGAAAGAAAAAAAACCCAGAGCAUUUCAACAACAACACCCAGAAUCUCAAUUAUCUGCAACAACAAAGAAUUUGUCUCUCCUAAUUCACCUCUUUCUGAUUUUCUAAUUGAAAUGGGUACAUCUGUUGAAGACAAAAUUAAUGUUUCUUGCUCUUUGAAGCGCAAAAGACCCCCAAAAAUUCAAAUCCCUAAUGUUUUAAAGGAAAUUGAGAUUGAUACCCAGUUCAAAUUUGGGUGUUCUCCUGUUAAAAAUGACAGUAUUUGUUGUUUUGAGGAUUUGGGUGUUGGGGUUUAUUCUAUUAAGGGUAAGAAGAAGUUUAUGGAAGAUACCCACAAGAUUGUUUCUUCCAUAGAUGGGAAUUCCAAGAAGGGUUUUUUUGGGGUUUAUGAUGGGCAUGGAGGAAAAAAGGCGGCCGAGUUUGUGGCGGAUAGUCUACAUAAGAAUGUACUUGAGAUGGUUGAUAAUUGUGUUGGAAAUAUUGCAAGGGAGGAAGCAGUAAAAUCUGCUUAUCUUAAAACAGAUAAAGAAUUCUUGCAGCAGGGGGUAAGCAGUGGUUCCUGUUGUGUCACAGUUCUAAUUGAAGGGACAGAGAUGGUUGUCUCAAAUAUAGGAGACUGCCGAGCGGUUCUUUGUAGAGGUGGAGUUGCGGAGGCUCUCACAAAGGACCAUAGAGUUGAGAUGGAGGAAGAGAGGAAAAGAAUUGAGGAUAAGGGAGGGUAUGUAGAGUUCCAUAAAGGAGCUUGGAGAGUUCAUGGGAUACUAUCAGUUUCAAGAAGUAUAGGAGAUUCUCACCUAAAAGAUUGGGUUGUGUCCGAGCCAGAUACAACAAUUCUUGAUCUGACUCCUAAUAUGGAUUUUCUUGUCUUGGCUUCUGAUGGACUGUGGGAAGAGGUUGGAAACCAAGAGGCCAUUGACAUUGUGCUGCAGUCCCGUGUGAUCGAGAAGAAACAUGAACUUCCAUUCGAUGAUUUAGAUAAUAAAAUCACAAGGGUCCUUAACGACGAUAAAUAUGCUUGUAUCAGUACAAGCUCCUCUCCGAAGGUGAAAAGAGUUUCCGUCAUCAAGCAGAAACGAAACACAAAUCUUUCUCCAAGCGAUAGGAAGACAGAAAUUAUUAGCACGGUAAAAAGAGGUGUUUUUGAUUUUGAAAGUGAAAAUGAGAGUCCUCCUGCAAAACUUAGAAGAACUUCAUUGUUCCCACACAACAACAUGAAAAUUCAGUCCCCAAGAAGCGAGAAUAAUAAGAAAUCCGUCUCUGAGGGUCUUCUGGCUGGCUGCAAAAAGCUCGCGAAUCUUGCUGCAAGUAGGGGUAGUAUGGAUGACAUUACUGUAAUGGUAGUUGAUUUGAAGCAAUUUGGUCAGGAAGAACCUAAUUGGAAAAAUUUGGUAGAUUUCUGUUCAUCUCACAGUGAGGGCAGUAUCAUAUCCUUUUGGCAGCAUUCAAGACAAUAUCUUGCUGAAAUGAUGCAUGAACCUAUUGGUAUCCCAGCAUGCUUUUCAUCAGCUGAUGAAAAAGUCUCUAUUGGACUAGCACCUCCAACACCAGUAACCACCCCACUUAUACGAUCAAGCUCUGGGUCGCCCCAGAGCUUGAUCAUGUCUGUGUAUAUGACUAAGAUUGCUAGCCAACUUCGUUUAGUCACCAUAACAUGGUGCAAAAAUCUUCUCCUCCACGGACUUUCAGUGUCUGUGGAUGGCCCUGAAGGCCGCGAUCAUUAUCAUAGCAAGGUCGAGCUUAAGCCUUGGUAUUUCUGGAGGAAACAAGGGUGUAAAAAUUUAUUGGUGGAUGGGAAAAUCAUUGCAAUUGUGUGGGAUCUCAAGGCGGCCAAGUUCAAUGGCGAAGUUGAGCCACAGUCAGAUUACUAUGUUGCCAUAGUAUCCGAAGAGGAGGUUGUUUUGGUGGUCGGAGAUAUGAAGAAGGACGCGUUUAGAAGGACCGGGUGUAGGCCAGCUCUUGUUGAUCCUGUUUUAGUUUCAAGGAAGGAGCAUGUUUUUGGUAAGAAAAGGUUUUCAACUAAGGUGAAGUUUCAUGAAAGAGGCAAAUGUCAUGAGAUUUCAGUUGAAUGUAAUAGUAAGAGUGAAUAUGAAGGAAUUAGUAGUCCUGAAAUGGAUAUAAAGAUAGAUGGGGAGCUAGCAACUCAAGUGAAACAUCUUCAAUGGAAAUUCAGAGGAAAUGAAUCAAUUGAUGUUAAAGAGACUAAACUUGAAGUGUAUUGGGAUGUUCAUGAUUGGAUAUUUGGGUCAGGUCCUAGACAUGCUAUGUUCUUGUUUAAGUCUUCAUCAUCAUCAUCACCAUCAUCAUCAUCAUUUCAUGCAGAGGAUUCUGCAUGUAAGGAGUAUGAUUGGGGUGGUGGAUCACCAGAGUUCAGUUUGUUUCUUUAUGCUUGGAAAGUUGAAUGAUUAUAUUCAUAUAUAUAUAUAUAUAGAUGCACAUCAAAUCAAAAUCAUCAUCAUGAUCAUGGAUCUUAGAAAAAUAUUCAUGGAUGGAACAGAAGUAACUGAAAAUGGUAAGAUCUGAAGAAAGGGGAACAAAGGUUGGUCAUAUCACAUGGGAUUAGAGGAGCCCACAUACAUUAAGGGAGCUUGCGUUUGUAAGAGCUGCGACAAUAUGGGACUGAAUAAAUGCGAGGAAAAGACAGAUGAUGGGCAUAUAUAGAGAGUAUUUUUGUGUUACAAAUAAUUCCAUUUAUCAUAAGGAAUUUCUAUGCAAACAUUCUCCCGCUUUGGUGCGUUUAUUCCAUUAUAAUAUUUUUUUUCAUACCUGUUCUGAAAGAAAUAACAGUAUAUGAAGUAUAUGACUAUA